UAUUUGUUGUACUCUUGGUCAUUGGGGUUCUUCGAAAAAUUUGUUCGUUUCCAAUAUGUUAGUGACAUGUAUUUCGGAAGACAGGAGCAGUUUGAAUAUCCAUUUCGACCAACACAAAGCUAUGGAAGAAGUUUGUGUUGCGUGUAAAAAUGUUCAGGCAACGGUGCGAUUCCUGUCAUAUGAAGAAGUAUCUCAUGGACUUACUGAAACUCUUGACUUUGUGUACAACUCAGACGUCUUAAUUGUGGAUAUGAGUGACAAGACUCAACAAGGAACACUGAACUAUCAACUAGGUGUUCGAGAAAGCCUGAGAUUAUUUGACAACAUAGUCAUUGUUAAUUUAUCAAGCUACAUAUCAGUUGACGAUCUUCGCGGUUUCUUAAGUCGUAAAACAAAACUCCUUCCAUAUGUCAUUAAUGAAAGCGGGUUCGCUGUCUUGUUGGAAGAUAUGUGUCUUCAGAACGCACUGAUUGAUAAUGAGAUUCUUAAAAAUCAAAUAUGUGCUGAUUUGAGACGACUGUCAGUUGAACUUGAAGAAAUUUUGUCAGAAAUGAGCAGUGGUAAUCGCGCUCCACUGAAAGAGAAGUUUAUUGAUGAUCUCAGGAGGGAUCGCGAUCUGUACAAAGGCCAAGAACUUCGAGAGCGUCUUAGAAUAAUGCGUCGUAGACUGGAUUAUCCAGGAAUGUUGUCUUCAGAAGUUAUUCUCAAUCUUUUGCUGUCUUAUCGACAAUGUGAGGAUUUCGAUGCUAUGGUUACGCUAAUAGAGGAAAUAAAAGCUUUGAAGUUAAACCAAGAUAUCUUAAAUGUUUGCAUGAUCCAGUAUCUUUACGCGUUUGCCUUACACCGACGAAAUAGAAAUGGAGAUCGAGAUGCUGCAUUGGCUGUAACUGAGGAGCUCCUUAGAACAUGUAGUACACCUUCCGCGGAUAUGCAUGGUCUCUUUGGUCGCAUACAAAAAGAUCGCUUUAUGGAUUCCGGUGGAGAAGAUAAAGAAGCCUUAGAAUUGGCUAUUCAUGGAUAUCGUGAAGGAUUAAAAAUUGAUGCUAAUGAAUAUCUCCUUGUGAAUGUUGCAACUCUUUUAGUUAUAAAAGGAAUGGAUUUGGAAACGAGCGCCGAAAUGCGUAAAAUAUGUAAUACAUUGAAUUUGCGUGUUGGUCAAAAAGGGAAUAUUACUACAAUCAAUGAUUACUGGGAUGUAGCCACAUUGUUUGAAGUACGCGUUAUAAGUGAAGAUUAUGCUGGUGCUGUCCAGGCUGUGGAGAGGAUGUAUCUUUUAGACCCACCUGAUUGGGAGCUGGAAUCGACUCUAGGUAACAUAAAAAUGAUCUGCAAAUUUCGUAAACCUCCUGAAGAUAGUAAAGUUUCAAAGGCACAUAAACUUUUCGACUUUUGGAUGGAAUUUCUAUCCACAGUGUGUGAUACAGAUGAAAGUAACCAAAUGUUGGCUGUAUCAAGUGGUAUAGAAAGAGAUUCUUUUACACUGCCAUAUGAUAUUCAUCCGAAACGAAUAGUAUAUCCCGUACUUGUAACCGAACAGAAUUGUACUGUUAUGAAACCGGCCAAUAUUCAAGUAAAUAUAAAUGCUGUACCAAGAAAUCUUCGUAUAAUCUUCUACGACCUAGACUAUACGAUAUCUUCAACUAUACAGUCGGUUGAUUUAGGAAACUGUGGUACAAUGCGUCAACACUUUCCACGUUUCAAUGAGCACAAUCAAGAUGAAGAUUUAAUUUUAAACACAGAAGAUAUCAUAGGAAUAAACAUGACAGAAAACAACAGUCGUAGUGUUUACCUAUACACGUCGUGUUCAUUGCCGAAUUAUCGUAUAUCAUUCUCCUGUGAAAAAGUAAAAAUCCAAUUCUAUGCGGUUUUGCGUGAAUGCCUAUUCUCAGAAGAGGAAAAUUCUGGUUUCUUACUAGACGAAAGAUCUAAUGAAACGUUUAAGUGGACAUACGAUUUGAACGAUCAAAAUAAACGAGAAAUAUUAGGUCGAGGCAGUUUCGGUGUUGUAUAUACUGGUUGGGAUCUUACAAAACAAAUUAAAAUUGCCAUUAAAGAAAUUGAUGCAGCUAAUAUAAGAGAAUUUCAACCAUUGCACGACGAAAUUCGGUUGCAUUCAAAACUUCACCAUAAAAAUAUUGUUCAGUAUCUUGGAUCAGUCGACCAUGAUGGUGUAUUUAUGAUAUUUAUGGAGUUAGUCCCCGGAGCUUCCCUAACUUCUCUUGUAUCGAAAUAUGGAGCUCUGAAAGAAGAAACAGUUGCAAAUUAUUCUAAACAAAUAUUGGAAGGCCUUCAGUAUUUACAUGCUAACAGAAUUAUUCAUCGGGAUAUCAAAGGAGAUAAUAUUCUGGUCAAUAUGUAUAAAGGUGAAUUGAAAAUUACAGAUUUUGGGGCAUCAAAACGAUUAGCUGGUCUGGUACCGCGAGCACAAACUUUCAAAGGUACAAUGCGCUAUAUGGCACCAGAACUCAUACGAGGUUCAUGCGGAUUUCCUGCGGAUAUAUGGAGUUUCGGAUGUACAGUAGUGGAAAUGUUAACCGGAAAACAGCCAUUCAGCGAGCUUGGAAAUGCAAUGACCGCACUAUAUCGUGUUGGCAUGGAUCUACAACAUCCUAAAAUUCCAGAUGGAGUUUCAUCAGCUUGCAAUAACUUCAUUCUGAGAACAUUUAUUAUAGAACCAUCUAGUCGGGCUGAUGCUAAUGGACUUUUAUCGGACCCAUUUAUUGAAGGUUAUAGGAAAGUAAGACGGCGUAAACCUAUGAAGUUAGCACAGUCUCCUGAUAGUUACCGGCCAUCACCUGGAUUUAACCAACGUGAAGGUUUACCAUCUGAAUCAUAUCUACGAUCACUUUCGAAUACAUCAAAUCGCUCCUAUUCACCGAAUUCUCAAUCGGAAAAAUCUACAUGGGGAAGUAAAAAUAUUCAUUUAAUAAAUGUUAAUAAUAAUAAUGAUAUUAAUAAUAAUAUAACAAUACUGUCAGAGGGAGACAAAUCAGAUAAUGAUAACUUAAUAAUAUCAUCGAUUGAAUCUUUUCGACGAUCAAACGGAUCAGAUUUAUUGACAGAGGAUAAAAAGAACGCUGAAGAUGUUGCCUUGUCAAACAAAACAAAUCACCUGGAGAAUCCAGAGACAAAAGUGGAAAAGGUAAUCAUACCACCUGUGAACGCAACACAAGUUCAAACAAACAAGUCAUCUGUAACUAGUUCAUCUAUCGGACAUUCAGAAGAUCCCUUCAAUUUUAUUAAACAGGAUUCUGAAGCCAAACGACGUUUAUCAAAUGCAUUAAUCUCAGAAAAGAACUCAAUACUUGAUGCAUGGAUUGAUAUAGUUUCUAGAUGUGCGCCGUCAGAUGCUUCAGUUAAAAUCAAAGAAAUUAUUACAGAUGCAAAUAAACAAGGAAACAACUCCAGAGCUAUUUCUGAUUCUAAUAAUAAAAAUGAAAAGCAACUCUUAGAGUGUAUUUUGGACAUGAUUAUCGACAGUUUGAAAGGCGGAAUAUGCUGGUCACAACUUACCAAUUAUCUUAAAAUUCCAGCGAACAGAUGUACACCUGAAGGCUUAGCUGAAACUUCCAAUGACACAAAAGACAAAAAUCAAAUAAUAAAAUCACCAAGUUUUAAACGUCAUUCAGUGACAGGAGAAGAUCUAGGAGGAAGAUUUUUAAAACUUUUGCAUGCAUCAAAAAUUUCCGAACAAAACAAUGCAUGUCUUCCGGUAGGUACACCACUGGUUUGCAAUUAUCUACGAGUAGCAUUAGCGGCACUCCCAAGUGUUAUUGCCGCACCUCUUCUACGUCAGGUAAACCGUCCACAUGAAGUAUUAGCAUGGGAUAAAUUGAUCAAAGAUAGUAUAACCUCUGCAACUAAUCAAAUCAACAAUGUAGCCCCAAUGAAUUCAGUCCAUUUACGUCGUCACCAAACAUUCUCAACUCAUCAUAAUCGCAGACUAGUAAAACAAAUCACUACAGAAGCUGAACUUGGUUCAUCAACAUUUGUUCGUUCUACAAAUCCCUCAAGCCGACCUUUCACAAUGGAUCCAACAUCGUCUAGUCUAUACUAUGCUCAAAACGACUCAAUUCUAGAUGAAGUAAAGAAAAGCACAAAAGGUUUAUCUUUAUCCCAAAAGUCAUUGACAUUUUCCAAUGAAGUAAUCUUUGAAGAACCGGAAGAAGCUAAUCAGUCUAACAGAAGAAUUGUAAGCACACAGUCAAAUCCUCUCUCCUUUAAUGGUAAAUCUAGAACAAGUAAAACACUAGAUGAUGGCUUCACUUACGAGACAUCCGCUGGCGGACUAAUAGAGAAUUUUCAAAUGUACAAAGGCUUGGAGCAUAAAUUUUGGAAAACUGGAUUUAGUACACUGGAGGAAUGGUUUACUAAUCUGCGUAUACCUGAAGAAGAUCAGACUAAACUUCGGCGUAACAAUAUCGUUGAUGAAGAAGAUUUUCUGGAUGUUGUUACUAAAGAAGACUUGUGGAAAAUGGGCUUGAGGUAAACUUGAUAACCACAGUAUGAAAAUAACAGCACAAUUUUUAAAUUAGUUUUACUUACUGCUUAUCCGAAAACAUCUGCUCUGAGAAAUUCUGGACCAACAUAAUAGGAUAACGCUUUAAACGAAUGAUGAAUGGGACGAUCAUAAAGGCCAUCAUAGCAACCACACUGACCACCUUGAAUAAGCUCAUAUUUCUAUCAUUUGACUAGAAAAUAAAUGAACUGAACUAGCCAUAAUAUUGACACUUAAGUCAUUAUUUGUGUGGUGUAUGAGAGGACAUUUUAUUCAUUCAAACAUAAACUUGAUGCAAUAUGGACACCUAGAGACGCGUCGCUUAAAGACAACAUAGCAUAAAAUGUGGGAAAAGUAGGAUUACUGAAGCAAGACAAUGUAGUCUAUGCAUUCAAGGUCAAAAAAUCCUUCUCCAGGUAACUCACCUGCGCCACCAUCGCUCAUAUCUUCCAGAGCUGUUUCCGGUAUAUCACUGACGGCUACGUUAUAAAGAUAUAGUCAGAUUAGGCUACCGUGUCUAAUCCUACUGUUGUUUCGGAACAGUGAAGACGGCUAGUGGUAUUUUCUCAUAUGGCUUUCAGAAUUUUGAUAAACCUCCCAAGAGCACCCUUUCCUAGCAGACAAUUCCAGUGAUCAAGUCUGACUAACGAAACGAGGGCAGCCUUAAUUUCAAAAAAUGUAAGUUAUUGGUUUAUGAUAUGUGUGACGUUUUCCUAGCAAGUGACGAAGAGUAGACACACGAUCAGUGCAUCCACAAUAUGAACAAAACCCAGUCUGCUCUUCGUGAAUCAAUAUUCCUGUAUCUACAAAACCUGGGUGAAACAAUAGCUGACACUAUCUUACAUGCAGCUUUUAG